AUGGACAACUUCGAUGUACUGCGCGGCAAGACCGAGGUGACCGAACAGUGGUUUCUUCCGUUCCUGCGGUCGACGCAACAAGCCGACAUUGACCAGUCUGCUGGGGUCACGCUGCCGCCAUCCUUGGAAGGCCAGACGUUCCUCCUGGUGGUGGACUACUACUCGAGGUUCCCCGAGGUGGUGACCUUGAGAAGCACUACAGCUCGGGCAGUCAUCGAUGCUCUCAAAAGCGUCUUCGCACGCCACGGAAUCCCGCAAGACGUCAGGUCGGACAACGGCCCACCGUUCUCGUUGCAAGAGUUUGCAGCAUUUGCAGCGUCUUAUGGCUUCAACCAUGCGACCAGUAGCCCACACUACGCCCAGUCAAACGGAGAGGCAGAGAGGAUGCUGCACAGCAACCAUCGCCACCGCAGCAAGUUCCCCUUCAGGAACCUCAGCCAGCCAACAGCGUGGAACCUGCGGUCCCCCAAGGGCAGCCUUUGCAACAUUCCCCAGCAGCCAGGGACCGAUAAGGCAGCACAAGAGAACGAUCCUGUUCUAGCAAGAGUUAGGGACUACUGCACGACGUCGUGGCCCAAAGAAGUGGCACUACCUCCGGACGUGCAGAGGUUUCAGCAUUUGCCCAUGAACUGA